UCCCAAGGACCCCAGCAUCAUGACUGGAGCCGAAGGCCGACUCUCAACCACUGAGCCACCCAGAGAUGGCUAAAGAGUGAUGUCUGAUGACUGAGGAAAAAAUGUCUGUUGCUUAAUAAUGGAUAUUGUGAACCAGUUACCCAGACAGUCCAGUACUCAAAGAGAAAUUGAGAUCAACCUCUUAAUUUAAACUCAAAAGCUUCUCUGGUCUUCUGAGCAAGAACUGGAAUAUUCUGGAAACUUUUACUAUCAAACUCACAGGAUGGCAGCCCUUGAUGUGAAUCAGGUGUGUGGUCAUCUUUCUUGGGACCCUUUCUGUCUUCAUGAGGGAAAAAUUGAGGCAAGGAUGGUGGCUGGAUUACUUAAGGAUUCUUCUCAGCACUUAGUGACCUUCGAGGAUGUGGCUGUGGACUUUACCCAGGAGGAGUGGACUUUGUUGGAUCAAGCACAGAGAGAUCUCUACAGAGAUGUGAUGUUGGAGAACUACCAGAAUCUCAUUACUCUAGCAGGAUAUGAAUCAUGCCAACCUGGUCUCAACUCUACAAUGGAAGUAGCAGAAGAGCUGAGGGCAGGAGGGAGAGGAGUUCUGCAGGAAUUGGAAUUGCAACUCAAAACCAAAGGUUCCAUACCACUUCAGGAUAUUUCUUUGGAAAAAACAUCAGAUGAAAUACAAUUGCAGGAGAGAAGCAAUGCUGGAGUGAAACGAUAUGGCUCUAACAUCUGUGGAAGAGCAUUUAGUGGACACUCAUUUACAACUCACAUUCGACAGAAAACUUCUAAGGGUAAUCGGAAUGGAAAAGCCUUUAAAAAGAACUUUAUUUGUACUUUGCCCAAGGAAAUCCCUGUUGGGGAGAAAACUUCUGAGAGUGUUCAACAUGAUAAAGCCUUUGGUCAGCUUUCAAAUCUUACUGGACGCAAGAAAAUUCAGAUACAAGAGAAAGUGUGUGAAUGCAAAGAUUAUCAGAGAACUUUUGUUAAUCAGUCAUCCCUGAAGGUACACAUGAGACACCACACUGGAGAAAAACCAUAUGAAUGUAAAGAAUGUGGGAAAGCCUUUACUCGAUCCACAGGACUUAUUUUACACAUGCGAAUUCACACGGGAGAAAAACCAUAUGAAUGUAAGGAAUGUGGAAAAGCUUUUAUUCAUUCUUCAUACCUUACAAAACACAUAAGAAUUCACAGUGGAGAAAAGCCAUAUGUAUGUAAGGAGUGUGGGAAAACUUUUACUCGUUCCUCAGGACUUGUCUUACACGUGCGAACACACACUGGAGAGAAACCCUAUGUAUGUAAGGAAUGUGGGAAAGCCUUUAAUAAUUCUUCGAUGCUCAAUCAGCAUGUAAGGACACACACUGGAGAGAAGCCCUAUGAAUGCAAGCAAUGUGGGAAAGCUUUCACUCAGUCAUCAGGCCUGACCACACAUUUAAGAACUCACACUGGAGAGAAGGCCUAUGCAUGUAAAGAAUGUGGGAAAGCUUUUGCUCGUUCUACAAAUCUUAACAUGCACAUGCGAACACAUACUGGAGAAAAGCCGUACAAAUGUAAAGAAUGUGGGAAAGCCUUUAGAUACUCCACAUGCCUUAGUAUUCACAUGCGAACUCACACUGGAGAGAAACCAUACAAAUGUAAGGAAUGUGGGAAAACCUUCACUCAAUCUUCGGCACUUGCUAAACAUUUAAGAACUAAGGCAUGUGAAAAAAACCUGUAAAUGUUUUUCAGACUAGUGUUCAUAUCUAACCUCAUCUGGAUAAAGUAACUUAUGAAAGUAAAGAAUGUGUGAGAAAGCUUUACUCAUUUUUCAUCCUUAAUAGAUAGGUAGGAACUUCCUGGGCCAGAAUUCCCAUUCAUAUAAUGUAUAUGAGAGAGCAGUAAUUGUUCAUACCUUAAAGAAUGCUUAAGAACUCAACACUUGAGAGAACUUUCCAGUUACAAAGGUAUGUGGGAGAACCUUUUUGUUGUUGCUCUAUCAUUAAUUUUACAUGUCAAAAUUGCUGUAAAAGUCCAGAGUGCUUGGCUGGCUCAGUUGGUAAAGCUUGAUCUCAGGGUUGUGAGUUUGAGUCUCAUGUUGGACAUAGAGAUUACUUAUAAAUAGGUAAAAGUGAUGUGAAGGUAAGAAUGAUCUAUAGCCUUAAAAUAUGACCACAUGCUUUGAUAGCACAUAACUCACACUAGCGAUGAAUCAUCUGUACUUAAGGAAUGUGGUAAAACCUUAGUGCCAAGGCCUUAAUGUUCACAUGAGACUUCAGAUGGUAUAAAACCAUACAGAUGUAAAGGACCCAGGAAGAUCUGCAGUUGUUUCUUGUAUCUUUUAAGAAUCAACAUUUAAAAAAAACAGUGGAGAGAUUUCUAUACAUCUAAGAAAUAUGGGAUAGCUUUGGGAAAGGUUUUAGAGAUUCUUGACUGCUUCAUAUGCAAGGAGACUCAUGAAUGUAAGAAAUGUUGAAAAAUUUUCAGGUGUUAAUAAGUCACAACACAGUGAAGAGAAACCCUAUGAUGGUAAGAUACUUAGCCCUAGAUGUUAACAUUCUUUGGUAAUCUCAGAGAGGCAGAAAAUGUUAAGAAUGUUAGAAAUAAUGGUAAUGCCUUUGUGUCUGUGUGUGUGUCUAUUACUUGGCUUUUGACCUUUAGUAAUCACACUGGAGAGAAAUAGUGGCUGUAGGGUACAUGGGAAAUGGUAUAUCCAUCUUAUAAAUCUUACUCUACAUGUGAAAAGCCACUCUGGAAAGAAGCUGAAUGAAUGUAAAAAUGUGGGAAUGAUUUUUGGUAAUACAUAUCCCUUAAGAGACUCUAAAAUACUGGAGGAACAAAGUAUGAAUGAGAGGAAUUUGGGGGAAGCUUUCAGGUACUAUUCUUCAAUCAAUGUACACAAGAGAAUUCUUCCUGGAGUCCUAAUGAAAUAAAUGACAUAAAUGCAA